UAGCAACAAUUGACAGGUGAAAUUGUCGUAACGCCUUCUGCUAAAGCUGUCUUCUUCUUCCUUCUUUAUAUAUCUCUCUUUCGCACAAGCUUCUCUCUCUUCUCUUCUCUUUGUGCUUGCUUUCCUCUGUUUCUCUCUCUGUUCUGUUUGUAUCUACCCAAAGAUUUUCCACAAGAAUCAUCAGAUGGAAUACACUGAACUACAAGACAUAGAUUUCUUUAGCUCUUUUUCUGAGCACACAACCCCAACUUUCUUCACUCCAACCACAAGCUCCCUCCGAUCCGACUCGGACCCGGAUUCACCAAAGCCACAAAACGAGGAUGAAGACGAGUACGUCGCCGAGUUGACUCGUCAGAUGACUAACUAUAUGCUUCAGGACGAUGAAAAGCAUCAGAAGUCUUGUGGUGGUGGCUCUGGCUCUGGCUCGCCGCAGUCGACUCUUUGGUCACCAUUCGCCUCAGGUUAUAGCAGCCCUGUCGGUCCUUCCCGAGAACCAUCACCUCCUUUAACUCCGGCCGUGCAAGCGACGGUGGAAAAGAGUCCUGUUAUAAUUCCUUUUCAAUCAAAACAAGCUCUCAUCGAUGAACAGAUCCGAUCUGUUCAAGCUAACUUCCGGAAGAUCAAAAAGGAGAAACACAAGGAACGCAAGGAUGAUGCAUUAAGACACAAAGAAAGAAGCUACCACAACCUACAGAGACCAAAGUCCGCCGUGAAGGCGGUGUUCGUUGACGGUUUGGGUUCGAGAGCCGGGUCUGGUGGAACUGGAGUGUUCUUGCCACGCAGUCAUGGUACUGUUGUGGAGUCUCGCAAGAAAUCAGGAUGUUCAACAGUAAUAAUACCAGCAAGAGUAGUGGAAGCCUUGAAAAUUCACUUUGACAAAUUGGGUGUUCCUUCUACAUUAUCUUCUGAUAUCCCUCCCUUUCAUGAUGCUUUGUUGGUGUCCGUAAAGAACAAAAACAACAACAUUCACAAAAGUAGUUCAUCAACCCGGGCAGAGAGUGGGCCUCCGCACAUGGCGGAGACGUCGGCCGAGAGACACCAAGAACCGCUGGCAGAUUUGCCACAUGAAUGGACGUACUGAUCGAACAUUGGAAUGCUAUUGGUUGCUGAAACUAUAGGUUUUCAAAAGGUAGUGUUUUUGGAUUGAAUAUUUUAUAGUGGUCAGAAUGUGUGACAAAUUUUAAAAUCAUCAUUUUUAUAUAGAUUUUAGAAGGGAGAGAAUUUGUUAUUUUUUAUUGGUGGUUCCUUAAGAUGGUUCUAGUAAAAUCAGUAAGUCUUCUGAUAAAAGAACAAUCAAAUAUGCAUAUAUGUGUUCAUAUAAUAUGCAUGUCUAUUGUAAUAUGCAUAUAUGUGUUCGUAUAUAUUGCGUGUCUAUUGUAAUAAAAAGGGACGGGUUGUUUUUUUUUAAUGCAAGAUUCCUUGUAAUAAAAGCAU